AAUUGUAUUGUGGUUGUACCUAUGCAAACCAUAUCAGAUAAGAUGAUCACAAGAACAACCACAUGUGACUGAGUUCAUGCAAAGUAUCCUCAACUCAACACUCAACAACAAACUUUGAAAUAUCACAGAUGUCACUGCUCCAACUCCAACUCACCUCUCAUGCAUUAUGCUCUAUCUCUCCCUCUUCCCACUGCUUCAGACCCCUCCAACUCUCUAAGCCCCUCCAAUUCUCUAAGCGUCUCAGGUUUGUAAGAACCAAAAUUAAAGCCGUUGGCACAGUCCCUGAGAAGGACUCAGACUCAGAGACCAAUGACUCCAACGACCCACCAUUUGUGGGAUUUGUAUUUGUUAGUCCUGUGUUGCUACCAGAUGGAACACCAGAUUUGCACUAUCGUUCAGCUUGCGGAGGGCGAAAGCUUAGGAACAUAAUGAUGGAUUCCAAUAUUGAUCUAUAUGGACCCUAUGCUAGAGCUUUGUUAAAUUGUGGAGGGGGUGGAACUUGUGGCACAUGUGUGGUGGAGGUUCUUGAAGGCAUGGAGCUUCUAAGCCCGCGCACUAAUAAAGAGAAAGAAAAGCUAAAGAAGAAUCCAAAGAAUUGGAGAUUAGCAUGUCAAACAACUGUUGGUACCCCAGAUUCCAGAGGGGCGGUUGUGAUUCAACAACUGCCAGAAUGGAAAGGGCAUGAAUGGAAAUAUGAUAAGCCUGGAGAAUCAGAGUGGGAAUCAGAGUCUUCGUGAAGUCAAAAGGAAAGAAUAUAAAACGAAUUAUAUUCGUAACAUAAGGCAUUUUUGUUUUUGCUUUGGUUGCAGAUCGUGGAGAAAAACUUGUAAUUAAUUAGAAAUCCCCUUGUUUAAGCUUCAGAGGCACAUCAACGAAAGAAAUAUAUGGAUAAAAUAGUAAAACUUUCGCUCGCAUUUCUGCAUGUUCCUAAUUUUUUCGCAGGGUACAGCAAAAUAUUAAGUAGAUGAGACCUACUCUCUUGCAGUUAUAUUCUUUUUGUAAUAACUUUUCUGAAUUUAAAAAAAAAAAAUUAGAAAAAA